AUGGAGCCCAGGCGGGAGGGCCCGGCCGCCCAGGGCGGGGGGCCGCGGGGGGCGACGGCGGCGGAGCUCGUGUACCACCUCGCGGGGGCGCUGGGCACCGAGCUGCAGGAGCUGGCGCGCCGCUGCGGGCCCGAGGCGGCCGCGGGGCUGGUGCCGCUCGUGGUGCGGGCCCUGGAGCUGCUGGAGAAGGCGGCCGUGGGGCCCGCCCCGGACGCGCUGCAGGUGUCUGCGCAGCGGGCCGAAGCGGAACUGCGGCGCCUGCGGGAGGAGAACCAGCAGCUGCGGGAGGAGCUGCGCUCGGCGCCUCAGGAGGAGCGCGCGCUGCUGAGGCGCCUCAAGGAAGUGACCGACCGGCAGCGGGACGAGCUGCGAGCGCACAGCCGGGACCUGCUGCAACGAAGCCAGGAGACCGAGGCCCUGCAGGAGCAGCUCCAGCGCCUCCUGCUGGUGAACGCGGAGCUGCGGCACAAACUGGCGGUGGUGGAAACGCAGCUGCGCUCUGCGCGUGACCGCGAAAGGGAGCGGCUGCUCGAGAAAGAGCCCACCACGCAGGAGCCUGGGUUGGAGUCCGCGGGUGCGGGGCCCUCGGGGUCUCCUGAGGAGCCCGUGGAUGGCUCCCAGCAUCCAGCCUGCCCUUCCAAGGCAGAGCCAUGCGCUGCCUUCAGUCGAGAUGAGGUUGAGCAGAUACUUAAGGAGCGGAAUGAGCUCAAAGCCAAUGUGUUCCUGCUGAAGGAGGAGUUAGCCUAUUUCCAAAGGGAGCUGCUCACAGAUCACCGGGUACCUGGGCUUCUGCUUGAAGCCAUGAAGGUGGCUGUCAAGAAGCAGCGGAAGAAGAUUAAGGCCAAGAUGUUAGGGACCCCAGAGGAAGUAGAAAGCAGCGAUGAUGAAGAUGGCUCCUGGCUCCUGCUCUCCAACGAUAAGGAAGAACCCCCAGCACCUGAAUCCAGAAUCCAGAAUUUCUUUGGCUUGUGGUAUCGUGGUACGGCAGAGGCCCCUGAGGCUGAGACGUGUGGCUCAGCUGCCUGCAUACAAGGGAAAGAAGAGAAGACGCCACAGCCAGCCACUCUGGAGCCUGUGGGCAGCCCUGUGACCCCCAACUCCUGACCUGCACUGUUUUCAGGAGGCAGAGGCCAGCUUCUGGAACCUGUCUGUCAAUGGGUUGUGUGGCCUUAAAUGAGGACAGGGCUACAUUUUGGUCAUAGACUUUCUGUACUCCAGAACAUGACAGGAAUGCAGGCAUCUUCCUUCCCUUCCUUCCCUACCUCUCCCCUCCCCUUCCCUUCCGUUGGUGCCAAACCUCCAGUGAAGAUAAAAAUGUUUCCUCUCCUGGGGCCGGAGAGAUGGCAUGAAGGUAGGGUGUUUGCCUUGCAUGCAGAAGGACUGUGGUUCGAAUCCCGGCAUCCCACAUGGUCCCCCGAGCCUGCCAGGAGCGAUUACUGAGCGUAGAGCCAGGAGUAACCCCUGAGCGUGGCUGGGUGUGACCCAAAAAAAAAAAAAAAGAAAAGAAAAGAAAAUGUUUCCUCUCCUCUCCCCAUCACCUGCCCCCUUCAUUGGGCCCAUGAUCUAAGCUGUCAUAAUAAAGCCCAUAAUACCCAGAAA